UGUUUGUUAAAGGGGCCAGGCCUUUUAGUGCCCAGUAUAGCUUCUCCCUGCAAAAGGCCUUAGAAAUCUAAUUUAUAUUUUCUUCUAUCUUCUAAAACCCUAAACCUCCGCAUCGGCUCGCACAGUACUCAACGGAGUCAACACUGACCUUCAGAUUAGAGCAAGAGUUUGAAGGGCAAGAUGGCAAAGCCAAAUCCAAAGGUUUUCUUUGACAUAUUGAUUGGGAAGAUGAAGGCUGGUCGAGUUGUUAUGGAGCUUUUUGCUGAUGUUACCCCCAAAACUGCUGAAAACUUCCGUGCUUUAUGCACUGGGGAGAAAGGAAUUACUAAACUUGGGAAGCCACUCCAUUAUAAGGGCUCAGGAUUUCACAGAAUCAUCCCAAAUUUCAUGUGCCAGGGUGGGGAUUUCACCAAGGGAAAUGGAACUGGAGGAGAAUCAAUUUAUGGAUCAAAAUUUGAUGAUGAGAACUUCAAGCUGAAGCAUACAGGACCUGGUAUUCUCUCCAUGGCGAAUGCAGGACGAAAUACUAAUGGCUCACAGUUUUUUAUUUGCACGCAAAAGACGUCAUGGCUGGAUGGAAAGCAUGUUGUUUUUGGUAAAGUAGUUGAAGGUUAUAACGUGGUCGAGGAUAUGGAGAAACAGGGGUCAGACAGUGGAAUUACUAAACAACAGGUGGUCAUUGAAGACUGUGGUCAGCUACCUGAUGAUAACUGAUCUGAAGACAUCAAAGACCUUUAGAAAGUAAGUGUCUUGGCACUCUUUUGAGUUCAUAUAUUUGAAUCCUCUUUAGUGCCUAUGUAUCUUACAACAGCCCACUCCAAUAUAAGGUACUAGAAAUUUGGUGUUGGAUAAUUGUAUGUACUUUCAUUAGAGUGCUAAACUUUUUAUGGCUAUGUUUCAGGCUAAAUAGUUGGGGGUUUGGAAACUGAUUUCAGAUAAUAAUAUUCGCACACCCUGUACCGUUUUUCAAGUUAUAGAUUCUAGUAAUUGUUUCUAGUAA